AUGCUAACUUUUAUAAAGAAGAAGAUAUUUUCUCGUGGCAAAAUCAACAACAUAGCACAUAUAUGGCUUAUUCAGUCGCAAUAUGAUUUCUCCGAGAAGCUUGUUUCAUUGAAUCACGAUUCUCAACGAGAAAACUCCUGUGAAAUUUCAAAGGGUAUGAUGAACGACCCGAAAGAUAAAGGCGGCAAGACAAUAGUAUUUAACAGCUCGAAAAAUGAGGCGAUGACAUUAAAUGAAAAUUUCAAGACUUUGGUCCGUAAACUGAAAGGCAGUUGGAAAAUUAUAUUGAAUAAAGAAGAGAUAUCUCCUGAAAUUCUUGAAGAUGUUGCACUGUUUAUAUUGCCUGGGCCAAGGGAAAAGUUUACUGAAAGUGAAUUCAAUUGCCUGAAAAAAUUCAUUGAAACAGGUGGCAGUAUUUUAGUGUUGCUUGGUGAAGGUGGUGAAAAGAAUUAUCAUACCAAUAUAAAUUUUCUUUUGGAAGAAUAUGGGAUUAUGGUAAAUAAUGAUGUUGUUGUGCGAACCACAUAUUAUAAGUAUUUUAAUCCUAAAGAAUGCUUGGUUGUGGAUGGUGUUGUUAACCGAGGUGUACUGCACGCAGUUUCACAAAUAUUGCCUCAAUACAGCGACCAUAAAAUCAAAUCUCUAAGUUUUGUGUUUCCAUUUGGAGCUACAUUGAAUGUUGCUCGACCAGCAAUAACAUUGCUCUCAAGUGGCAGUGUUGCCUUUCCAGUUAAUAGACCUGUUGCUGCUGUAUACAGUACCAGUGGAUUUACAAAUAAAAUGCCGGGUGGAAAACUUGCUGUUAUAGGCUCAGUUCACUUUCUUUCUGAUCAGUAUGUUGAUAAAGAAGAUAAUGACAAAAUUAGGGAAAUUAUUUUCAAAUUCCUGACAACUCCAGAAGUUGAACUAAACCCAGUAGAUGCAGAUGACCCUGAGAUUGCUGAUUAUCUGAUGGUACCAGAUACUUCAAUGCUUGCAGAACGUCCUCGUGUGUGUCUGCAAGAACCUACUGAUGAAAUCCCAACUGAUUAUAUCAAACUCUUUAGUAAUAAGUUGUAUGCAAUUCAUACAAGCCUUGUCCCAGAUGCAAUGGAUGCUUAUCCUAUGCUGCAAGUUAAACAUGAACCAUUACGACUCAUAACACCGCAGUUUGAAACACCUUUACCUCUUCUGCAAGCUGCUUUUGUUUAUGUGAGGAAGCUGCUGAUGCCCAAUCAGGCAAAGCACAUUUCUCCAGAGGUGUUUCCACCCUCAUUUCAAGAACUACAACCUCCCCCUUUGGAGCUGUUUGACCUUGACGAUGCCUUCAGUUCUGAACGUUCUCGUCUUGCUCAAUUGGCCAAUAAAUGUGUGGUUGGACUAACGGAGACUGAUGAAGUUGAAACUGAUAGUGCAGACUUGGAGUUUUUUGUUAGAGAAUGUGGCCGUAUCUUAAAUGUAAUAGUUCCGGGUUCAACUGAUCCAGAUGCUAAACAGAUUCUUCACCAGAUAGCAUCACAAGUAGCUGAGUAUAAGAAACUACCUCGUAAUGACUGAGCAAAUAUACGCCAUACAAUAUUGACCUGCUGUCAAGAUUACUAACAAUUUUCUUGCAAAUAUUAUCACUAGUCAGAUUAUCACAGUACAGAAACUCCAGUCUUGUCAGUUAUUCUAGUCAUUGAUUUAUAUCAUGUAAGAAUGCUCUUAUAGAAGAUAAUAUUUUUUUAAGAUCACAAUUAGAUAUCAAAAGUUGCAGAGAUAUACAUGUUCAUAGUCAUUAAUGGUGAAAUAUGCGGUAGAAAGAAAGGAAUUUUUUUGACCUGUGUCUUUAGAUACACUUUUUCACCACCUGUAUAGUUUUGUAAUUUGUUCCACAUUGAAAAUUAAUAAUUGAAAUUUCAGAGCAGUAUAUGUGAAAAUUCUCUAGAAUUUCAAAACGUUUUGAAAAUGAUUUUAUAUUGGAAUUUUUGUAUCUUUAGGAAGUAUAAAAAGAAAAUUUACUUAAACACUGCUGUUGAUUGUAUGGUUAUAGCACAAAAUUUAAUUUAAAAUUGGGCUCAGACAUUUUAUAUUUGUAAUCUUUUAAGGAAUAAGUUCUCUUUGAACUUAUAAUUAGCAUAACCAAAAAAAAAAAAAAAUUAAGUUGGUACAUUUUCAUAUUGAGUUCUACAACCUUGACCAGAUACAGUAAUUCCUUGGCCAGAUACUUGACCAGAUGCAAGUUUUUAUGCACAAACUCUGAGAUAAAUUUUGUAAGCAAACUAGUUUUUAUUUCUCUCUAUUUACAGUUCUUAGUGAAAACAAAGGGGGGAAAGAAAGAAAAACAUGAACUAGUUUUAAUUGAAAAUGAAGUGACCUUGAAUUGUUCUAUAUACUUUUUGUCAUUUUCUUGUUAUGAUAUAAAUAUGUGUAAACACAAUGUGUGUUUUAAUAAAAAUCAUAAGAAAAAAAAA